CGGCGGAAUAAGGUUAGCGCGCGGCGUCUCGGGAAGCGGAAUCGAAGCUGGAGCUGGAGCUGGAGUUGGUGCUGUGGAGUUGGUGGACGUACACGACGCCUACUCCGCGGGCGCGGCGGAGAUGACCUCGGCCGGCGCGUCGUCCGCCGGCGGCGCGGGCAGCGGCUUGCCGACGAACUUGAAGAAGCCCGCGAAGCCCUGGGUCUCCGGGCCGGCCUUCCACAUCUCGACGAAGGCCGGCGUCGGCUCCGCGGCGCCCUCGACGCCGUCACGAAUCUCGCCGACGUAGAGCCCUUUCUUGACCUUGCCGUCCUCCAUCGUGUACGUGCCGACCUCCACGGGCAACGUCAUCUCGAUCUUGGCCUCCUCCGGGAUCUCGGCGACCGCGACCGCGGGGAAGGGCGUGCCCUCGACCGCGGGGAGGUCGGCCUUCAUCGCGCCGCAGCACUGCUGCGUGAGCACGGUGUAGGUGCCGUCCUCGUUCUUCUCGAUGCCGAGGCAGAGCGACUUCCAGUCCGGCAGGGCGCCGACCAUGUUCUUGCAGAUGCCGAGCAUGGCGUCGAUCGGGAGCGGCGGCGCGCCGGGCGGGCCGAACUCGCAGCCCUCGGCGGAGACGUCCUUGGUCGAGCCGUCCUGCAGGCCUGUGCGCAAAUCAACCAGUGAGUCGGAUGCGCUUCACUACGUCCUGAGAACGGCCACGGGUUCAUUCAUGCGCUGCUAGAGACCGACGCAGAACUUGUAGAUGGCAAUCUCGUCGUCGGUCUUGCCGGCCUCCUUGGCAGCCGCCUCGUCCGCGGGGAUGGAGCCUCCGGCUCCCAUGAUUUCAAGUGUCGGCUUGCGUGCGCUUCGUGGGCAGCGUGGGGCAGCGUGCGAUUAUGGGCGCUGGCUCUGGCUAACUCGGCGCUGAGAUACUAG